AUGGCGAAGAAAGACACCAAACUGCGGCAAUCUAUCCCAGUGCACAAGCGAGUAGCGGUAGCAUUAUGGCGGCUAGCAACGGGCGACACAUACCGAUCUUCAGGACUACAAUUCGGUGUUGCUGAUGUGUCAUUUCGAUUUCUCAAUAUAAGUGCAGGCUAUCCUGGUAGCAUUCAUGAUGCGCGUGUUCUUCGUUUAAGCAAUCUGCACAGGGAAAUUGAACAAGGCAACUGGCUGAACAGGCCUACAAGACAAAUUUCUGGUUCCGAAAUUAGACCUUUGCUUGUUGGAGACUCAGCAUAUCCCUUAUCUGUUUGGUUAAUGAAGCCUUUUAAGCAAACACGUACGUUAAGUGAACGACAACUGCGGUUUAAUCGUGCUCUCAGUCAAGCCCGUGUUGUUAUUGAACAGGCCUACGGAAUCUUGAAAGGGCAGUGGAGUUGCCUUUACAAGGCAAUGGAAGAAAAGACAAGUAUAGUGGCCAUCACGAUCUUGGCAUGCUGUGUUCUUCACAAUAUUUGUAUCGAUGUGGGAGACCCUAGCCCCAUAGACAUAUUGGGAGAUGACGACGAUGACAUGGAUCAAAGUUUAAAUGGAGACGUAUCGCCAAUUGCAUCUGAUGUUAGAGACAAAAUUAUGGACUAUUUACCAGCUUAG